AUGGCCACAACCGAAGUGUUCCCGGCAUCCGAGCCGGCACGAUGGCUCUACCUCGACCGAAUCCGCACGCGGCCCGGCCCGUUCACAGACCCCGAGAUCUUCAGCGGCCAGGCGGUAGCUGAGGCCAUGGAAGCGAUGAAGGUAUUGGUUAUUGGCGCCGGCGGGUUAGGCUGCGAGCUGCUCAAAAACCUCGCGCUUUCCGGGUUCAAAGACAUCCACGUCAUCGACAUGGACACGAUUGACAUCUCCAACCUCAACCGCCAGUUCCUCUUUCGCCAGGCCGACGUGGGCCACUCGAAAGCCGAAGUCGCAGCACGCUUCGUCGAGAAGCGCGUCAAGGGCGUCAAGAUCACACCACACAACUGUCGCAUCCAAGACUUCGACGAGGACUUCUACAUGCAGUUCCAGCUGGUCGUGUGCGGGCUGGACAGCAUCGAGGCGCGGCGGUGGAUCAACGCAACACUGGUCAACAUGGUAGACGAAGAAGUACCCGACAGCUACAAGCCGCUCAUCGACGGCGGCACCGAAGGGUUCAAGGGCCAGGCGCGCGUCAUCUUCCCGACCGUGACAUCCUGCAUCGAGUGCCAACUCGACAUGCACGCACCGCGCGCCGCGGUUCCGCUCUGCACCCUCGCCAGCAUCCCACGCCAGCCGGAACACUGCAUCGAGUGGGCGCACGUCAUCGCGUGGGACCAGGACAAGCCCUUCCCGGAGCUGGACAAAGACGACCCGGAACACAUCACGUGGCUGUUUCAAAGGGCACUGGAGCGCGCGAAGGAAUUCAAUAUCCCGGGUGUAACCUACUCCCUGACACAGGGCGUGGUGAAGAACAUCAUCCCGGCCAUUGCGGCGACCAACAGCGUGAUCGCGGCGGCGUGCUGCAACGAAGCGGUCAAGAUUGCGUCCAACUGCGCGCCGUUCCUCGGUCUGCCUGAGGAGAACUACAUGAUGUACUCGGGCAACGACAGCGUGUACACGUACACGUUCAAGCACGAGAAGAAGGACGACUGCCCUGUGUGUGGCCAGCUAGCCCGCGACCUGACUGUUGACCCGUCGUGGACGCUGGGUGAGCUGGUUGAAUCGUUCGCUGCCCGGCCUGAGGCACAACUCAAGAAGCCCAGCUUGCGUGCGGAGGGCAAGACGCUGUAUAUGCAGUCGCCUGCCAGUCUGGAGGAGAAGACGAGGCCGAAUUUGGACAAGAAGUUGGUGGAUUUGGGAUUGGAGGAGGGGCAGGAGAUUGGUGUGACGGAUCCGGCGUUUGCGACGGUGGUGUUCAAGUUUAAGCUUAAGUUCACAAAGCAGUGA